AUGUCUCUGUCACGGCGACAAGAAGCGAAGCUCGUCCCUCUGUUCCAGGAAGACCUGGAGAACCGGAGUGAUGUUGUUACCUACUCCAGCGUCAACGAGGCUGAGAAUCGGUCGUUCAAGGCUGUUUCCCCGCCCAACAGUCAGCACGCGGCCAAGCUCGCCCAACUUGCCAUUGCCAUUCAGAGCAAAGAGAAGCCAGAGCCGAGACCGAAUAAGUGGUCCAGAUAUCUGCCCCAGCCGGUGUCGCGCCUCUUGCUCGGCGAUGGCCAUGAAGAGGCGAGCUCUCAACCCGCCCCAAGGCACACUGUGGCGACGCAGCAAUACCUGUCAUAUCAGAGUUCGGAUGGCCAGCAGGCCGACUUUCCUGAAGCAGGCCCGCAUCACAGAAGGGCUCAGAUGCCCUCCAUGCCUCGCCAUGAGCGCCAACCAGUCGAUCAGCAGCGCCAUCAACAGUGGACUCCGCAGCAGACGCAGCAGUAUGCCACUGCUCAGAGCUAUCAUCAGCAAACAUACUAUCCGAACCAUAGCCACACAGGCUAUACACACCAGGAAACUGACUACAUAGCUCAUCGAGGGCCGGACACGGACGCCACUGCAGUUGGUGUUGUCGUUCAGCGUAGCCGGGAUGCUUCCGACAAGGAGAUCCCCCGUGUGACCCGCCACAGGACCGAAGACCGCACCGCUUACAAGGUCAGCCGCGGAGGGGGCUCGAUGCAAGUGUCGGCUCCAUUGGGCAGCAGCGAAGCCGGGCUGUUUGACGCCAUUGCCGAAGCACAUUCCGCGCGGCAGGAUGGCGAGGUGGUACAGGAUCGGAACUCCAAGAGCCUGAGAAGGAGUCGGCUUUCCUGA